CCAAAAUAAUUUUAAACAAUACUCAAGAAAUGCAAGAAAACAUUUCUGCAAUGCAGAUGAAAAAGAGACCAAUUCGCAAAAAAAAGACACUCAAAUCCGAGGCUGCAUCUCCACUUGGUUUUUGGAAUGUAAAGGCAUUAGCUACUGCCGAAGAUUAUGAUUUGGAAAGCUUAAUGGAGGGUUUAAUCAAACAAAAUCUGUAUACACCCAUGGAGAUACAAUCGAGUGAUAAAUCUAUUCCAGUUGCUAUACACGCAGUAGGUAAAUAUGAAAUCAGUAUUGAGCCUCGUGAAAUUUUUUUUUUUCGUCAGGGUACUAUAGUCAUGUGGAAUACUACUGAUGUUGAAUGUAAUAAUUUACUUGAGUUUUUAAAAUCAUAUGAAGAAAAUUGUUAUUCAUAUGACUUUGUUGAGGCUGAACAAGAAAUAAUGAUGUACACUUAUACAGAAGAAGGUAAAAGAAGUCAUUUGAAAAAAGGCGAUAUAUACCUUUGUCCGAAUAAAAAUUUGGAUAAAUACACGUUUUCAAAUGCUUUAUCACAAAGUGUAAAAUUGGGUAUUUGGGAAGCUUCCUUGGAUCGUUAUAUAGAUUCUAUAGAAUUUAUUACAGAAGAUUUAAAGAAAGGACGUAAAAUUCAAUUAACAAGACCAGCAGUUUUGAUGAAACAAGGCAAACUUUUUGCUUUAAGACAUAUGAUUAAUUUAAGUUCAGAUCUUUUGGAUACUCCCGACUUUUAUUGGGAACAAGAUGAUCUAGAAAUAUUAUAUCAACGAACUUGCGGAUAUUUUAAUAUUUCUAAGAGGACUAAAGUGAUGAAUGAAAAAAUUAAUCAUUGUAUUGAAUUGGUUGAAUUACUCUCUUCACAUCUCAGUGAUAGGCAUCAUGUUCGCUUGGAAUGGAUGAUUAUUAUUUUAAUUAUGGUAGAGGUGGGUUUCGAGACUCUACAUUACUUGAAUCGGUACUUAACAAAGUAUGAAGAAACCGGAAUAACGAUGCAACAGUAAUAACUUCAUGGCACUUGAAAAUUUAUGUUUUUAUUUGAAAUAUAAAAACUACAAUUGUACAAUAUAUUAGUUCUGAA